UUGGAGGACGCUCCGGUGUGGUCACACACGGGCGGUGUGGACUCAACACACUUUCAGAGACUGACAAUGGUGAACUUUUGUGCGAUCGUUGGUUGUGCGACGCGGGCAGACCGCGAUGUGAGUCGUUCUUUCUUCCGGAUACCGGCGCUCGUCACGCACCAAGGAGAGCAGACUCGAGAAGUGUCACAGAGAAGGCGGGAUGGCUGGCUCAAGAGGAUUUCAAGAGAUGUGCAGGAAUCAAGCAUAAAGAACAUGAGAGUCUGUGAUCUGCACUUUGUAUCGGGACAUCCGUCAGACCUGUUUCCUCCAGACACAAUUGACUGGCUGCCAUCAGUGAAUCUGGGCCACAGCAAGUUCCCCGCGCCGCCUCCAGGAGCCCUGGCCCGGGAGGAACGUGCUCGUCGCCGCAAUAAGAGGAGGAAAGAUUUAGAAGGUGCUGACAGUUUGGUGGCUUUACAGAACGACUCAUCAAGUGACUGUGCGACAGAUGUUUGUGAACCGAUGGAGGACCACACCUACAUCCGGCAGCCAGAAGAGAGGGAGACUGGUCAGGAGUGUCAGACCGAUCUCACUGGCACGGCGAUCACUGGCAUGCAGGAUGAGAUCAACCGCCUCACUGCAGAGAAUUUGGGAUUAAAAAAGAAACUGGCAACUGCUGAAUUUGGAGAAGAAUCGUUGAAAGACGAUGAGGAGAAGGUUCGUUUUUACACAGGGCUGCCUACAUAUGCCGUACUGAUGAUGGUGCUCGGACUCGUCUCGGACCACAUCAGCGUCACCGCCCGCAGCUCGCUGACAAAAUUCCAGCAGGUUUUUAUGGUGUUGAUGAAGCUGCGGCUGCACACGUCUGUCCAGGACCUGGCAUACAGAUUUAAUACAUCCACUUCCACGAUCUCCAGGACAUUUGCCCUUUGCGUUGACGUGCUGUAUAAAAAGACCAGCUUUUUUGUUAAAUGGCCGUCGCGUGAAGAAAUUCAAAUGACCAUGCCCAUGGUGUUUCGGACCAACUUCGGAGUGCGCGUUGCUGCUGUCAUAGAUUGUUUUGAGGUUUUUACCGACAGACCUACCAGUCUGGUGGCUCAGGCACAGACAUGGUCAGACUAUAAACCUCACAAUACUGUGAAGUUUUUGAUGGGGAUCACGCCUCAGGGGUUCAUCUCAUUCGUUUCACCUGCUUGGGAUGGCCGCGCAAGUGACCAAGAAAUUACUGAAGAGAGUGGAAUUUUAGACGACUUGUUACCAGGGGAUGUGGUGUUAGCUGGCAGGGGCUUUGACGUUAUGGACGGCGCUGGACUUACCUGUGCAGAGGUAGAGAUUCAAGGCAGGAAGCAGCUUUCCAUGGCAGAGCUCAUGGACACCAGGAAACUCUCCAGUGUUCGCGCUCAUGUAGAACGUUUAAUCGGAUGUGUUCGCCAGCGUUACAGAAUCCUCGCCGGACCUCUACCUACAGGCUAUCUACUGACCAAGGAUGCCGAUGAUAAAACUCUAAUGGACAAAAUUGUGCACCUGUGCUGUGCACUGACGAACAUCGCUGACACCGUUUUGCCCUUCGACUGAACUGUGAAUGUUUCUGUGCGGUAAUAAAGAAGGAAUGUAUUCUUUUUCAUGAAACCUGAGGACUCCGUGCUCCUGGUUUUUACCUUUUUUCAUCACGUUUCACAUGAAUUGUAUUU